AUGGAACCCCUGACAGGUUUCGAUGUUCUCGCGAAACCACUGCCUCCUGUUCUUACUCGGAGGUAUUAUCAAACAAACUCCUCUGCCUACCAUAAGGUCUUCUAUAAAGGGGGGUUGGCCAAAUGGAAUUUCGAAAAGGACGUCCUGCGUGCGGCUUCGAGAUCCCGAGAAAAUCAACACCGAAUAUUUUCCCAGGAAUCCGAAACCCCACGGCAUCCGUACAGUUUACAUCGCGAGCAAUACCUUUGUGGCGAUGAACAAUCGGUCUGUGGAAGAUUUGCGCAAAAUGCGCUUGGCCCUGCGACUGCAGUUGCGUUUUUGAACGGCAUCCAAACCCGAUUCGGCGAUUUCAAAGUCUGUGAUGAAGCAAGAAAAGAAAAAUCUCUCAUUCCAGACUUUGUCGGGGUGUCAUGUUCGGCCUUGGACCUUGAAGGUCUAAAAGGGCUCACCGAAACCCCUAAUCUGAAGAUAGUCGGGGAAGCAAAGACGCCUUGGAAACAUAAUCUGUUUGCGGUAUAUAAGGAUUGUUUUGGUAAAAAGAAAAAGGAAGGCCCUCUUCGGCAUGCUCUUGAUUCUGGCUCUGUUUUGUACGUCAGCAGCCCUAUUCUCGACUGUACCUCUGCAGAUGCUAGCCGCGGCGUUGUUUCUGUUCGCCAAUGCCUCUACUACCUCCUAUACGUCGCCAGAAACCCCGACAGUUAUAUCGCCGACAAUACGUAUUCACGGGCCGGCCGACUUGACACUCCAGAGCAGGUUGUCAAACAUAUGAGCCCCGCAGUGGCAAGAGUGGCUUCUACCUCAGGGUCGAUUGACUUGCAUUCCUACCCUCACAUGGAAGUCUACACGGCGAUUCUUCAAUUCAACCUAGACGAUAUCAUUGACACGCGCAAGGGACUAUGUGUUCUACUCGAUGACCAGCAAGUAAGGGUUAAUAUCAAACGACACAAGGGUGACGAUGUUAGAGAUAGCUCCAAGAAGGAUGUCGGUGGUAGAUCAGCACUCCCGGCUCUAACAGCUUCUGCUUACGGCCUCCAGCAGCCACGGACCCAUGAUCCCAGUACUGGAACCAGACCCAUACUCGGGGGCCACACUAGGAAGCAACCGAACGCUCUACAAGAGAAGCUUGAAAGGGUUGCUGGCGAAGGUCAGAUUACAGACCGAAGCCUACGUGCAGCGAGAAGAGACCAGGCCCGUGGUAUCGGCCAGGAAUGGGAAGAUCCAACUAUGUCCUCAUCAUCCCAAGGGGCAUACUCUGACGAUAGCCCGUCCAAAGGCAAGGCCAAGGCAUCCGAUCCCGCCUACCAGCUCUCUCAGCAGCAGGGGAUCCCUUACCGCCCGGCCAAAGCAACGGAUAAAGGCAAAGCUUCCGACUUUGGGCGCGGGAGUGAGCAGAAGUUCAAGGGGAAAGGAAGAGUCGCCUUCGAUUAUGAGCCUGAAGAUGGUGGCAAGGGAUGGUAUGGGCAAGGCGCUUCCCACGACGAAAACCAAGGGGAUGACAAGGACAAGAAACCCAAGAGAGGAGGCUUCUUCAGCAGAGGUCAUUGA